ACAGCACACAAUAGGUUAUCUUUUUCCACACUUUUUUUAGGCCGAGUGAAAGAUUAAAUGCCACCCGCACUCUAUGGAAUGGGUCUUGUGCCGGCUGGAAUACAGAGAUCGUCCAUGUUCUAUUUGCGCUCACUUUUAUUAUUAAUGUAGCCUAUUGUAAUAAUUUCUACAAGCUAGCUAGCACGUUAGCAAUUUUUCCAGUAACAUUGAAAAUAGUUGUAUGCAUAGGCUAGCUGGAUUUAUAACCACACCCUGUAUUCAGAACCAACAAAUUAAAUUCCCUCCCGCUCUUUAUAUAUUAUUGGAGGGAAUACAUUGGUAUAAAUAUAGGGAAAAAAAAUAAAAAUAGGGAGUCAGAUGGCUAAGCGGUGAGGGAGUCGGGCUAGUAAUCAGAAGGUUGCCGGAUCGAUUCCCCGCUGUGGCAAAUGACGUUGUGUCCUUGGGCAAGGCACUUCACCCUACUUGCCUCGGGGGGAAUGUCCCUGUACUUACUGUAAGUCGCUCUGGAUAAGAGCGUCUGCUAAAUGACUAAAUGUAAAUAUAGAUGCUCUCCAUCAAUACUGUAUCAGUCAUCAUGAACAACCGGCAGAAGAUUGCUGUCAUCACCCUGCUCUACUGUCGGAGAAGACGCCGCCGAUCCGCCGGCGUUCAGCCCAGCUGAACGCCUCGCUAUUUGUCUCCAAUACCUUGCCACGGGGGAUUCGUUCAUGACGAUCAGCUUCAGCUAUUGUGUGGGCUCAAGCACUGUGGCAGGUAUUGUUGGGGCUGUGUCCCAGGCCAUUUGGGACUGCCUGGUGGAGGAGUACAUGCCUGUGCCAACCAAGCAGGACUGGAGAUACAUUUCUGAAGGCUUCCUUCAGAGGUGGAACUUCCCUAACUGCUUGGGUUCCAUCGAUGGCAAGCACGUUGUCAUCCAGGCCCCUCACAGCUCAGGGUCACUGUACCACAACUACAAGGGGACAUUCUCCAUCGUUCUUCUUGCGGUUGUGGACGCCGACUGCAUGUUCCGGGUCAUCGAUGUGGGGGGUUACGGUCGCAACAGUGACGGUGGGACCCUGGGCAACUCUGCGUUUGGUUUGGCCCUGAAGAAUGGAACCCUGGACCUCCCAGAGAACUCCAUCAUCCCUGGAGCAGAGCCACGUGGACCACUGCCACACGUCAGGUGGAGGAUUGUAAUCCAUGCAGGAAUCGAUGGUGGCUUUCCUGAAGGCAAAAAAAGAAGUGACAUUGUAAUGGACCUGUUUUCGGAAGCAGUCGCCCAGUUUGGUGUCCCAUUCAGAGUCAGAUGUGACUGGAGGGGAAAACAACGCCAUUUGUCUCUUCAUGGAUGUCUUCCGAAGAUCAACCCGAGGGAGUGCUUAAGAGGGAUGAGCACUCAUAAUCAAGGCAUUGAAAGACUGUGGGGCGAUGUCUGGAGAGGCGUGACAGAAAAAACGCAAGGUCCUACGUAGUGUGGUCAGGUCUGCUGAGUUUAUCAUCGGCAGGAGGCUCCCAGCCCUACAGGACACCUACCACACACGAUGCCUCAUUCUAAAAGACUACUACAUGGACAUUUCUCACUAGCCACUUUACAUUGCUGCAUUUCUCACUAGUCACUUUACACAUUGUCACUUUCAGCUACUGGUUGCACUAUCAGCAAUAUUGGACUAACUGCACUCCACUUGUCUUAGGUUAGUAUAAGUCUAAGGUUAGUAUAGGUAAUUAUCUGUAUUAGAGGUCUAAUAUAUUGUAUACUAUUUUGUAUAUUUAGGAGGUUUAUAAUUUAUUAUAAUUUUUCUUUUAGCUUAUCAUAGAUGU